GAACACGAGUGUAAUUUCUCACGCGUAUCCCAAAAAUAAACGCUGCGAUUAAAUGCGCAUGGAAGAAGGAGCAUGGUGAAAGAAGCAUUUCAGAAAUGCACGUUCGCAUUAGCGACGCUCCAUCUUCGUAAUUAUCUCGUCCGCUUGAAGAAGGUCCCGCACACAGAUGCACGGCCCGUGACGCUUAAGGGCAAUUAACGCGACGUUAGCGGCCCCUCUUAAGUGCCGUGGAAUCGGUUUCGACUCAGGUAUAUACUCGUAGGGUCUGUUAAUCGCCCGAAACAUCGUCGACCUAUCCGAAAAGGUGUGUUGCGGUGGUUGGUCGAGAAAAUGGAAUCCCUCGGUGGCGUGGUAUUUUCCAUCCAACGUUUCGGCUGCUUUUCCGCCUAUAAAUAGCCACACCCCGGUCCGAGAAUCUACCAGUCCGUCAACUCGACCGAGUCGAUCAGUUUGUUCGUGAAAAACCGAUUCGAAUAAAAAAUCUUGUUCUCGUCGUUGGAGAGGAUGUUCCUCGCGAUGAAGAUUCUUUCGUCGUUUUUGUUGGCAGUGGGAAUAUUUUGGAACGUUGACGCGUUGGAUCUGAGCCUGCAUCGAUUUUUCUGGCCUGGACAUCAACACCAUAAGCCGCAGGAGGAGAUACGCGUGAUAGAGAUCGUUCGAUGGCAUCAACCGAUUUGCGUGAAACCGGGAAAGGGAGUAUCGUCGUGUUUGGACGGUCUGAGCAAGCCGGGGCAACACGCGCACGGGAAAGGCUUGAACGAAGAAAAAGAGGAAUUUUCGAUAUCGAGCGUUCCGUCGAACGAGGAGGAAGUUUUGAGCGAAUUCGUGGCUUCGGAGAUGCUCGCUUCGUUCCCUCUCCAAUCUUCCCUGGGUACGGAUAUCUCGACGGAUGAGAGGAUGUCCGAAUCGGGUAAGAGGACGGAGGCGUUAACCACGGAACGAGAGAGAGAGAUGAGGAGAGACGCGAGACACUUGGUUCCACACUUGGACAAAACGGCGAAACCUAAACAGAUAUACGUGACAAAGGUCCUGAACGCUCCGUUCACAGCCACUUUGGUCGCUCAAAAUUGUCUACCCGAUAUCGGUAUCCCAUUGUGCGAGAAUAACGCGGCGGUGGAAGCUUCGAAAUCGAUGGCCGACUCGAAAUACUCACCUUCCCUGAGUAUCUCGGUGAUUGGAAAGGACGGGGAGAGGCAGACGAAUGUGAUGAAAUUCACAGGAAAUUCGUUUUCCGUUAAAUCCGUGGCAGGAUCGGCGGAGCAAGCGGAUGUUAAGAAUCCCGAUUCUGACCAGGCAUCCACGAGUCUCAUCCCGGAUUAUCCCACCACGCACGUUCCUGCUUCGCGGCGUAUCGCGCCCUCGAACCUCGACGAUAAAUCCUCCUCUUCGAGCCUCGAGCGCGAACCCGGAAUUCGAAGUAACGUUUCUCCGUCUAAUUUCGAGAAACGAGCCGAUAACCAAUUCGCACCGACGGAGUUGAUCUUGGAAUCGUCGGAGGGAGCCGUAGAAGAGUCGAGUGUAACCGCGAAAAUGCCGGAAAUUUCGCAAAUACGUAACGUUCCGAUCGAAAGAAACGGAUCGGUUGAAACGUCCAUGUCCGCGAAUUGAUCCGCGACCAAUUUUUUCCUAAGAAAAAUACGAAAAAUAUCGAAUAAAUUUGAAA